AUGAAAACCGCUCUGCACGCGGAGAUGAAAUUCGGUUUCGUUGAUGGUUCUAUCAAGAAACCUGCCUGCAAUUUUGCAGAUUUUUUCAGCUGGGAGAAAGCAGAUUCCAUGGUCAUGGCAUGGAUUAUCAAUGCGAUCGAUCCAAAUCUGCAUGGAAGCAUCUCGUACGCAUCAACUGCCUGCGAAAUUUGGAUUGAUCUUGAAGAAAUAUUUGCACAAAUCAACACACCACACAUUCAUCAGUUAUGGCGCACCAUAUGUCUUCUGCAGAAAGAUUCUGACAUGAGUAUAACAAAAUAUUACACCAAAUCCAAGAGCCUUUUCGACGAACUUGAUGAACUCCAACUGAUACUAGAGUGCAAUUGUGGAGCCUCCAAACCUUUAACCAAAAAAGAUGAUGAACAACGUGUGCAUCUGUUUCUUGGUGGUCUUAACAAUGAUCAAUUUUCUUAA